ACAUACGUGUACAGUGUACAUGUACUUGCCGUGCUAUGCAUACUACUGAUUGCUGGUGAUGACCGCGCAAAAGUAAACAAUGGAGGAGGCAUCCACACGGUAGUCUUCUUCAUGUCUUUUGGAUAAUCUGACGAUAACUGCUUAACCAGCAUUCACUUCGACCGGCGAUGUCGAAGUUUCGAGGAGGCAGAUCUUAGUACAAGAUCAACAUGGCUUCCACCUCAGGUCAGAUCCGUAGCACCAAGACCUAUCUGUGGUACCUACAAGAUGUACUCGGAACAGGUGCUACUAGCACCGUCUACAAAGGCCGACACAAGAAAACGGGAGAGCUGGUGGCGGCCAAAGCAUUCAACAGCAUGAGCUUCAUGCGGCCCCAGAGUGUUCAGCAGAGGGAGUUUGACGUCUUGCUCAAGCUCAGUCACCGCAACAUCGUCAAGCUCUUCGACAUCGAACAAGAUCAAAUCAGCAAAAACCCAGUCAUCAUCAUGGAGCUGUGUACCGGAGGUAGUCUGUACAAUCUCCUGGAUGACCCAAGGAAUUCUUACGGGUUGGAAGAGGAGGAGUUUAAGCGGGCCUUGGGGGAUGUCUGUGCGGGCAUGAAGCAUCUCAGGGACUUGGAUAUUGUCCAUCGUGACAUCAAGCCUGGCAAUAUCAUGAUAGUGACUGAUGACUGCGGUGACACAGUCUACAAGUUGGCUGACUUCGGCGCCGCCCGGGAACUGCAGGAUGAUGAGAACUUUAUGUCUCUUUACGGAACUGAAGAGUAUUUGCAUCCAGACCUAUACGAGCGUGCCGUGUUGAGACAGCCGACGGGCAAAACAUUCUCGGCCCGCAUUGACCUGUGGAGCAUCGGGGUGACGUUUUACCACGUUGCGACUGGCGUUCUGCCCUUCAGGCCGUACGGCGGUAGAAGGAACAGAGAGACAAUGUUUCAAAUAACCACCAAGAAGAAGUCUGGCGUCAUUUCUGGAGUUCAGAAAGAUUCCAUGAAUGGGCCCAUAGAGUGGAGCUCAGAGCUACCCAACACUUGUAGACUGUCCUGUGGUCUGAAGAUUCUGUUGACCAAAAUCCUGAGGGGCCUCCUGGAGUGCAACCCGGAGAAGAUGUGGACCUUCAACCGGUUCUUCGACGAGGUCCAGAGCCUACUGGCCAUGAAGGCGGUGGACGUGUUCCACGCCUCGCAGUCAGAGUGCCUCAAGAUCUAUGUGGAGCCCCGGGGCACGCUGGCCGAGUUCCAGGAGGCGGUGGCCGAGCAGACAGGCAUGCAGGCCUCGGCCCAGGGCCUGGUCUGGGACCAGGACUGCUUUGUGCCGGACGCCUCGCUCAAGUGCGAGUCCUACCCCGAGACCAGCCCGCAGAGCCCCCUGAUUCUGUUAGAGUUGGGCAGGAAUGAUUUCCCGCCAGUUUCGAUGCCCUCUCAACCCAAGUUACCCAAGAUGACCUCGACCUAUGACCUCGACAAAGAUUUCUCAAUGUCCAAGAUGUGCGUGGCUGUUCUGUAUUACAAGCUAGCGUGGUUGAAGACUCUUACCUACAUGCAGGAGCUCAUGACGACCGUUUCCAAGGCAAUAGUAUCUGUCCUGAAAGCUGAGAUCAAGCAGUUGGACUACCAUUGCAUGAAGCUCAGGUCCAGCAUUGUGGAGGUGGACACCCGGCUUCUGAGCAUCGAGAAAACGCUGCCCUCGCCUCUGGUGUCAUCGGCAGUGUUCUCCAGGAUGCCCCUGUCAUCAGUGCUCUGCACUCGGCUGCAGGAUCAUCAAGACAAAGUAACCCUCCUUAGACAGAAAUCGGCUCGAAUGUUCGACGAGUAUGACAGAACGAAGAAUCUGCUGCAGACGCUGUGGAAGGACAUCAUCGACGGUGACCUGUUGACGGCAAAAUGGAAGCCUGCAGAAAAACCCUGUCACACAUGCGUGAAAAGGUUUGCAUAUUUUACGGAGGAUGCCAGUAAAAUCUACGUCCAGUUCAAGAAAGAUAAACAGAAGAAACAUUUGAGCUAUAACGAAGAGCAGAUCCAUAAAAUGGACAAAGAAAAACUGAGCUUGAAAAGUACCCAAGCUAUUUCGAUGUGCCAGAGUCACUGCGAGAUGGUAUGGAAAAAAAUCCAUGGGGAACUGGGCGAAUGGUACAAAUUUGCCUAUCAGGUUCGGGCACAAAUUAGCUCAGUGGACAAGACACUGUCUCAGCUUGUUCCCAACUACCAGACGUUGUUACAGGAGGUCCACAUGCUGGAUCAGGCUGUCCAGCCACCAGUGAUGGAAUUUGAAGACACCCUGCAGGACAGCUUGCUUAGCCUUAGCACGACACCCAAGGUCCCUCGGUCCACAGCCAAUAAAUUCACUAACACAGAUCAGUUACCCCCGCCAAGCGGUCCAGUUCCAUCAAGCCCCAAUUUGGUGCACGAAGUUGACGCCAUGGACAUCGCCUCCCUCUCAGACCAGCUGGCAAGUCUGCCCAUUGACAGUAACGGGUGCAUCCUUGUACCCAGGGAAUUGAAGGAAUUACUUGAGGCUUGGGAAAGAGACAUUGACCAGACCAAUGAAGAGCUGGAGCGAGGGUUACAGAAGAUGCCACUCCCCUUUGCAAACAAGUCGUCGGCCGGUCUGCCAACAAACUCCAGCAAUUACUGGACUCUGUACGGCAACGGUCAGCAGUUGCCAGGUGAUGGUGUCAACCAGUUCGGCAGCCAAUCACCAUCGGCUAAGAUUGCGUCAGACACUAGCCCACGACCUCCUCGGGAAGGCGCCUGUGGUGACCUCUUGGCCGAUCCACUUGGCAGAUUGCGGUACAUGCCAGAGCCAAGUCAACGACUGUCAGACGAGGCCACUCCUCAGUUCAACGGCGGGGAGCCAGCCACAGGCAGCUUCCAGUUCAUGCCGGAGCCAAGCCAGCGGUUGUUGCUAGAGGGCUCAGGCCAGUUCAGCAUCCGUGCACCGGUUUCCACUGAAUACAAGUUUAUGCCCGAGCCUAGCCAGCGGCUGUCAAAUGAGGGCGCUAGUCAGUUCAGCAGCCCAUCACCGCAAAUGGCAAACGGACAACUGCAUUAGCAACUGGCUGUCAAGUGCUGGUUGGGAGACCGCCACAUAGGGGUGCCCACCUGUCAGUGCAGCUGUAAACAUUUCAAGAUCACAAGCUGAGCAGACUGCAGUCAGUGAUGUCAGUUGAGGGCACUUUGUGCAUGAGGGAAUGGCCCUCACAAAGCAUUGUGAAUUGACAAUACUGCCGUAAUUACUUUGCCUACUUUUGUUUUUGCUCAUGCGCCAUGUAGACUUUUUGAGCCAUGUUCAUAGUCUGCACAAUAUUGUUAACAGGGCACAUGGGGAUGGAAAUACCACCCUUGCGGGUUUCGAUGAAAAAAAUCUUGCUGCUGGAAAAAAUUUCCCAGGAAAUAUCUUCUAUUCCCCUCCUCCAACUCAUAACUUGGAUACCCUGCAGGGGUCAUGGCUCUUUUUAGGGAAGGGGCAAAACACACUCACACUGACAGACAGUCAAGUGGACGGGUCAGUUCUGAAGCAUUUUCACGAAAGUGGGCAAUUGUUUCCCCGGCUUUGUUUUCAUUUCCGUCAAUUGAUUUUUCUCGUCAUUCUUUCUUUGUAAUUUUUUUUUUCUCAUUUUUUGCCUCAAAGGGAGGCGCCUAGCCAUGCCCGUGCCCACAUCAUUUUAAAAGUAAAUAUACGAUUUACCAAGAAGCUUAAAGAAAAUUCUACCAUUUGUCCCAAAGAUGCCACCAGCUCCGUGGAUAGGACAGUCCAUGGAUAGGGCAAUGAAUACCAUGUCCAUUCCACGUCGACAGCAGUCUGGCCACUGUACCAUCCAUAUUGCACUCUUGUCUUACACAGAGUUUGCAGCUACAUGUAGCCGUCAUUUUCAAUAGUAUGUACAUGUAUCAUGUAUCAGGAUUGUCGUUUGUGUUUAGUUAAUAAAAUACGGGCCACGUCCAAUCACCGACCAUCAGUCCUCCAGCCGCCAAUUCUUACUCAGGUUCCCGAGCAGUGAUGUGAGUUUUUGAGACCACAUUUUUGCAGAACUCGGACACUAUCUUGGUCUCAAUCUUGGACCUUCUGGUCUGGACCACAGCACUGUUAACAAGGGAAAUCGACCAGGGCUCAGCAACUGGACCUGGCUGUAUUACUUGAAGAUUGGUCUGUUGUCUUGUGUGCUUGCUUGUAGAAUGCAAGGUGGUGUGUGUGUGUUUGUGCGGAGUGGUAUUGAAUAUAUUUUUAGAACCCUUACUAAAUUACAUUAUACACGAUGCAUUUAUUCACUGGUAAUCCAAAUAACUACAGAAUGGUGGGGUAGCUUCGGCCAGCCUGCACACAGGGAAUAAACAGUCCAGGCAGUUUGGGGCAGCUCUGUUAAACAAAUGUGUCAACUCAUCUUGACGCCACAAGCAGUUUUGGGAUCCUCCCCAAACCUUCGUCACCCAGGAAACCAACAGCACAUUCUUCAUAUGUAAAUAUUUCUAGCCCCCUCAAUUAUCACAAAAAUGUGAACAGUUUCCUUAAUCUUAAAAAAAAAGCCUCAUCAAAAAUCACCAGAUGGACUAUGAAGAAUCUGGUAGGGUUUGCCCAUACGUACGUGGGAUACACACCACAUUUUUUGUCCUUGUUCCACCUCGGUGAAUAAAAGUUGUGCAUGGCGACGACCUUGAUGGUCGGUGCCUUUUGUUAUGGAGCAUGAUGCACAAAGGGUCUACCCGUGUAUCCCUGUGGAACAAAAGCAGUGACUGGGAAGAUGGCCGCCAUGCACAAGUUCUAUUGGGUAACUCAUUUUUGGUUUCAGAAUCAGGUAGUGCAGGGCUUUCAGGUGUACAAAGCUUGCAAACGUCUGCCUGUAAAUAAAAUCACAGCCAAGAUAAAGGAGCUGAAAUUAAUCUCACAAAUUUUGCCCUGCUAGUCCUUAUAACAUUCUCAAUCCUCAAUGUACAGUCUGCACUUGUUACCACACCCCAACAGCUUUCAUUUGCUAAUAUUAACCUCAUUGUCGUGAUUGCAAGAUUGCAGACAAAAUUAUUGCAGACUGUCUGCUGCCAAAAGUCAUGUUAAUUGUCAUUUUAUUUUAAAAGCGUUUGACUUCCAAGCGAACAAAACAGAGUGGGGAAAAGGUAUGUAUUUCAUAUUAAUCAUAAAAUUAUUAAAACUUGUGCACAUGUUAGAGUAGGUAUUGAACCUUAAUCGAAAAGAUAUAAAGUUAGUUUAUAACUGGUAAAAGUUGUGUACGUUAAGAGUCAGUUUUGAACCUGAAUUAAUUAAUCGAUUGUAUAUACAGAUGUACCAUGUGAACCAUAAACAGAGGAAAAAACAUUAUCCAGGGAAAGUAAGAUUGGAACUUAGAGUGGAAGAGUGCAUGAUUAUUAUUGGCAGAAAACAAAACAAGAUUAAUGAGGUAUACACCAACACUUCGUAUUUUAUUUUUUGAUUUAUAUUAUAUUUGUGGUUUACUAUAUCGAAUUUGAUGUAAAAUUUUAAUUAUGCUUAUGUCCAGGAUGUUUCCAAUUAGGGGUUUUGUUUGGGGUUAACCUUUACGUACCACGAAAAGAGGGAAUUGUAAUUUUGUCAGUGUUGUCAAGAUGGACCUUUCAGAUUACAUCUGUAAAUCUGCAAGCUUUAACAGUGUAUCGCUCCUUCUUUCGCCGAAUCAAUAAAAAUAACUAAAUGAAACUAUGAACAAAGGUUGCCUUUUUCUCAGGAGUGCUCAGCUGUCUUGGUAAUCGGAUUCAGUCCCCAUUUCCUGUUUUGUUUUGGACGAGUUCUUUCUCCUUAGUAAUGUUAUUUUUUCCUGCACGAUAAAUUGUGGCAUUUCUGCGGUAUAUAGGCAAAUCCGACGACCAAAAUUGGAAGCCAUUUAUUAAGGGGCCAUCGUGUUCGCACGCAGACGGUGCGCGCUCAUGAAAUUCCUCCUUGACCAAUAAAAGGUAGCACAGUCAAUUAUCGAAGUGCGCACGCGCUCAGAGACAAGUGCGCGAGUGUAAGAGGCCCCUCGGAAUGGCGCCUCGUCGGAUUUGUCUAUAAGGUAUCAACUUGAAUCUUCUUAUCAAUCCUAUAUAUUAUAUGUAGCGUAUGUACAGAACUAAUAAGGAAUUGUAAUUAAAAUGAAACUACAUUUUCUUGAGCAGUUCUUUACCAUGUAUGUUUUCAACCAAUACGUCUAUGCUCUAUGUUGACCUAAAUCUUCUGCAAUCUGGAAGAUUUAGAGAUUGAAUUACUUAUCCAACUUUGAUUAAUCAUUAAAUAAAUUGACCAGAAACAA